UCCUUUACUCGUCGUGAACUCAUUCUUCUCUCGACUCUGCUAGUGACAGCACGCCCGUACGACUCCUGCGUUCUUGGCACCAAGCCUUAUGGCACUAACGGCUCCUUUUCUUUCUUUUACCGGUGUCCCCACUACUCUUUAAAAAUUCCGCCGAAAAAGAGAAGACGAUUUUCCAAAACAUUUUGGCCGUUAUCUCACGGCUCCAUUCUCUCUGUACAAGUGUAUAAGCGCUACCCCGAAGGCCUAGGGGAAGUCCUCUACCGCGAGCAGUUUGAUUUCAACGCCGAGCCGCCUUGGGAUCCUAGCUGAUAGCGGGAGAGGGCCAUCUCCCAACUUGUCCAUUUUGUUGCAUAUUUAGGACCCAGCAGGCUCGGUAAACUCUCUUUAUGAUUGUUGGAUUUGCGGAAUACGGUUGAGAUGAAAGGAUUUACAGAUGAACCGAACUACACCAUUGAACUACUGGCAGGAGGAACGACCCUUGAGGAUGUCAUCGACAACCACAUUUAUGAACAAGCUUUGGCUGAAAAGAAUGCAUUUGUUGUGGCCGACCUUGGGGCCCUGAUGCGCCGUCACGUCCUGUGGCAGAACACCAUGCCCCAGGUUCGGCCCUUCUACCCAGUCCGAUGCAACAGCAGCCCCGCUGUCAUUGAGCUCUUGGCUGCGCUUGGAGUCGGCUUCAUCUGCACAAACAAGGCCGAAGCCACACUAGUGUUGAACCAUGACGUCGCCCCUGAGAACAUCAUCUUGUCCGGUGCAUGCAAACAACUCGCUCAACUGAAAUACGCCGCCAAGAAUGGAAUCAGUUACCUGGUGUGUGACAACGAGACUGAAUUGUGCAAGAUUGCCCGCUCCCAUCCCAGUGCCAAGCUGCUACUGCAGGUCUCCACGAAGCCCCACACUGAAGAGGCCAGCAUGUCUUUUGGCUGCUCCUUGAAGAGCUGUAGGCACCUGUUGGAAAUGGCCAAAGAGCUCGGCGUGCAGGUGGUCGGAGUCACAUUUCAGGUACCAGCUUCUUGCCAGGAUCAACAGGCCUAUACCCAUGCCCUGUCGGAUGCCCGUUGCGUGUUUGACAUGGGGGAGGAGCUUGGCUUCGACAUGAACAUUCUAGAUGUGGGUGGUGGCUUCAGUGCUUCUGAAACCCAGCUGAAACAGGUCCAUGCUGCUAUGAAACCCCUGCUGGAGGCAUAUUUCCCACCCAUGUCUGGAGUGUGUGUCAUCGCUGAACCUGGAAACUUCUAUGUGUCCUCCACUUUCACCCUGGCUGUCAAUGUCAUUGGCAAACAAGUGGUGGCGAGAGACCGCCAAAACCAGCUUGGGGACGCAGAGAAGUUGACCCCCAACGAUGAGCCGGAAUUCCUGUAUUACAUGAGCGAGGGCGUUUAUGGAUCUUUCAUGGGAAAAUUACUGGGAGGCACCAUUCCACACCCCUCCGUGCACAAGACAUCCAUGGCGCCGCAGGAUCUGCUCUUCUGCAGCAGCCUGUGGGGUCCGUCAUGUGACGAGCUGGAGCAGGUGGUGGAGAGCUGCCUGCUGCCUGAGCUGCAGGUCGGGGACUGGCUCAUCUUCAGCAACAUGGGGUCGCUCAGCUACGGAGAACCCACCACACUCAGCGACACUGACAAGCCACCUGUAUACUACACUAUCGCUACAGCAGACUGGUACGACAUGCAGGAAGCCGGCAUCUGUCUGGACUCCACCAUGAAGAAUUUCUCAUUGGUCUAACACGGCAUGCAACACUGCCAAGGCAAAGCCAGCUUAAUUUAAAUGUGACAUUUGUAAAGGUCCUCCCACCCAUGAGCGACCAAAUGAUUGGUCUUUCGACAUUCCAGCCGUGGGUGAAGCUAAAACAAAGUGGUGUCGCUGGGAACAGAAAUGAUUUGGUGUGCAUACCUCAAUUCUCGAUGUUCAAAAGAUGUUCUGACUUUUUGCGUCUGCAAAAAAGGAAGGCCUCCUGGAAAACCCCAACAUUCUGUAACUACAUAUGCAACAAAAUGGACGACUGUGGAGAUGGAAUGCCCACUUCUGGGUUUUUUUUCCUAAUCAAAUACAGUUUACAUAAAUGUUUGAGUAAUUUAAUUUUAUUAUUAUUAUUAUUAUUAUGAAUAUAUAUAUAUUGAUUACCUGUUGACAGUCUUGUAAAUCAGUUGUCUGUUCAACACGAGGCAGUUUUACCUGUAUUAAGAAUCUCAUUUGAUUUCAAGAGAAUUAGAAUCAUGAAUUAACAACUAUUUGCUGUGAUCAUGUGUGUCAGAGCGAUAACAAUGAACCAUGAUUUUAUUACCUUAUCCAUCAAUGGAAGACCACUUUUCCCUGGGUUUGUAUAAUAAUGGAGAGGGGAAGGGUGUGGAUCGAGGCUCUAACUGCCAAAUUGAUUCUCAAAUGUGUUCUAAACACCUACAGUGUCUCCAUCACCAGUAUUUCCCAAGGUAGUGAUGGCGUUCAGUAGCGCUCCUUGGUUUAGUGUGCUGUGAUUGCCAUGGUGACCUCAGAAAGGCUCUUGCUACAUGACUGACUACUCUCAGUAGAUGUUUCUACUGGUACAAUGUAAACAUCAGGUUGCUCCACUGGUCCAUUGUGUGGAGGCAUAAGAUUGUAACUGUUUGAAGAAAUAUUGUCUGAAAAUACUCACAUCUUUGUCUAACCAGAUUUAAGGUACUUCCACCUAUGGAAACACGUUUAACAGCAGCAACAAGCAUUUCUCACUGUUAGGUUUUACGUCUCUUGUUAAGAGUCCUGUGCAGUUUAAUGCCUAGUCAACAUAACUGUCCGUCCACUCCUUACUUUAUUCCACCCUUUGGUUGAAAAGGUAAUAAUGUAAAUGAAUUUUUGGCACCAAUGGACCAUUGCCUGUUUUUGACUGUAAAAUUGUGCUUGUUAAUGUAAUGAAAGUGAUUAAUUUAAUACAUCUCCAUGAGUGAACAA